AUGACCGGCUCCUGCUGUGGCUCCACCUGCUCCAGCUGUGGGGGAGGCUGCUGCCAGCCCUGCUGCUGCCAGCCCUGCUGCUGCCGAGACCCCUGCUGCUGCCGCCCCUGCUGCUGCCAGACCACCGUGUGCCGCCCCGUGACCUGUGUGACCCUCUGCACAGGCCCCAUCUGCGACACGUCCUGCACGGCCAUUGUCUGCCGCCCCUGCUGCUGGGCCUCCACCUGCUGCCAGCCCAUCUGUGUGCAGGCGCCCUGCUGCCGGCCCCCCUGCUGCCAGCCUGCCCCCUGCCGCACCACCUGCAGGACCUGCCCCUCCUGCUGCUGCUGA